AUGGCAAUGCUGAACAGCCAACCCGCGCGAUCAAGCCUACAGGUGGCCCCCUUGGCGAUACAGAAAACCCGCAGCAAUGGAUCUAGUGUGGCCGACUCAUCAGACCCAUAUUCGCAAUCACAGAUAACGCCGCCAGCGACCCCGAAUGGAUCCCAGGAGGACCUCUACACGCAGGCGCAGGAGCACGUUCAGAUGGAAAUCGAAAUGGCCAACGAGCCGCCCGUCUUUCAUAAUUUUCUGAGGGCCUUUUAUCCCUUCCAGCCAGAAAACAUUGUGAACGACUCCACCGUCACCCUCCCGCUGAACGAGGGCGAUGUUGUCCUGGUCCACUCGAUUCACACCAACGGCUGGGCCGACGGCACUCUGCUGGUCAAUGGCGCGAGAGGGUGGCUUCCUACCAAUUACUGCGAGGCGUACGAUCCUGACGAGAUGAGGAGCUUGUUGAAGGCGCUGCUCAACUUUUGGGACAUGAUGCGGGCAACGUGUGGGAAUGACAGCGAAAUGUUUGGAAACCAGGAAUUCAUGAAGGGAAUCAUUGCCGGUGUUCGCUAUUUAUUGCGUACACACUGUCUGACAAGAGAAUCACCCCUCGUGCAGCAAUACGAUGGGCUACGGCGAAACCGGAAGUCACUAUUGUCAGAAUUAUCAUGCCUGGUCAAAACAGCUAGGCGGCUGCAUGAUGCCCAGCGCAUGGGCAACGUGGAGGAGGUCAACGAAGUGGUGGACGAAAUGAUUCUGCGUGCCUUCAAGAUUGUCACCAAGGGAGUGAGGUUUUUGGACGUCUUGGAAGAGGAGAGGAGACCGCUAGUGCCCACAAUCGCAGCCAUAACGGCAGCUGAGGACAACCAGGUUCCACCAACGCCACCAGCAGAGUCAUCCAACUUUGCUGCCGGUUAUGGCCCGGCAGCGGAUGCAGGUUCCCGCGCCGAGGACGACGGGGAGACUGCCGAGAGGGCACAGUACGCGGCCAGCGACGUGGCACGAAGUCUGACCCCAGCCGAAAACCGUUUGUCUUCAGUUUGCACACAGAAUACAAAUGCCCGCCGUCUGUCUCAGGUCGGCCCACUCCAGAUUCAUCGCCCAUCUUCCACCCUCUCUCAUCGUCUCAGCAUCGCAGGUCCCUCACCCCUGGCGCACUCGCAGAAUCUAGUGUCGGAAAAGCUCAACGCCUGCCACGAUAUUUUCCUCUCGCACUUGGGCUCAUUCAUCGGGCGGCUACAUCUCCAGUCGCAGUCGAGGCCCAGUCUUGCUCGUGCCGUCAAGCAGUCGGCAACAUCGGGAGGGCAGCUUUUGGUGGUGGUGGAUGUUGUCUGCACACACAACGCGGCAGUCAUCGAUGUGUUGGAGCAGUCUCGUGCGGCCAUGUACGACCGUAUCCAGGAGCUGGUGCACACGGCGCGCGAUAUACUCGCCAAUGCCACAUUGGACAUGGAAGAAGACGUGAUCGUCCCUCAGGAUAAUGGCCGGCUAUUGGGCGCCGCAACGGGUUGCGUCAAAGCCACUGGCGAAUGUGUGGCCAAGACAAAAUGGGUGAUCGAAAGAAUCGGCGACUUCGAGUUCGAGUUUGACAAUGGGAGUCUGGGCGUCAACUUUGACCUUUCGGCAUUGACGCUGGUUCGGGAGGAGAAGGACUCCAAGUACUGCCCAUCCGAGUCGGCAAGUAUCGCUGGAUCAACCGUGUCCGAAACACCAACGGCGUCGACAGCAAUUUCCGUCACAUCUUCGGCUCCCGUUCCGUCUGUCGUGCUCUCGAUCGACAAGCCACUUCCCGAUGUUCCGCAGGUCACCUCGCCAAUUACCGAGCAGCCAGUUUCGCAUCCCUUGCCUUCAGACUCGCGACCACAAUCACUCCCGAUGCGUGACCGUGCCUCCAGUGUCGUCCAGACCGCGUCCUACAACCGUGCCGACCUCCCACCACUACCAAGAAUAUCAACCGCCUCUCUCCCAAUGGAUACCUAUAGUCCCCUCGAGCCAUCCAGCACGAAUGGAAGCGAUUUCCGCUCCUUCCGCUCGGAAAGCAUGACCGCCUCGAGCUCGGGCUCGGGUAGCACAUAUCUCAGCCGGCAUUCAGAGUCCAGCAUUCUGUCGCAGACCUCGACGCGUGCCACCACACCCGACAGCACACAAGCUCCGAGGAACCAGCCGUCAUUCUCCGAUUUGAGCACGACCGAGACCACGAGCCAGGCCGAGGAGGUUGAUGAUGUCGAGUCCAGACUGAUUGAGAAGACGUUUGCCCACGAGCUGGUGUUCAACAAGGAGGGCCAGGUCACGGGUGGCUCGCUCCCCGCUCUGGUCGAGAGACUUACCACCCACGAGUCGACACCCGAUGCCAUGUUUGUCUCGACCUUUUAUCUCACCUUUCGGCUCUUUUGCACUCCGACAGCGCUUACACAGGCUCUCGUUGAGCGUUUCGACUAUGUCGGUGAAAGUAGCACCAUUGCCGCCCCAGUGCGCUUGCGCACGUACAAUGUCUUCAAGGGCUGGCUUGAAUCACACUGGAGGGAGGAGACAGACCGUGAAGCCCUUGACUUGAUCAAGGAAUUCGCCCAAGUCAAACUAGCGGCCAUUCUUCCCUCGGCCGCCAAGCGCCUCCUCGAUCUUGCCGAGAAGGUGUCUGUCGUCGAUGGUGCGCUGGUCCCUAGGUUCGUGUCAUCCAUGGGCAAAUCAGGCGCCACGGGCACCCACUACAUCCCCGCCGAGACACCGGUUCCUGCGCCUGCCAUGACCAGAAGCCAGACCAAUGCCCUGACUGCUUGGAAGGCCGGGGGCAGCUGCCCAUCCAUCUUGGACUUUGACCCUCUGGAGAUUGCACGCCAGCUUACCAUCAAGCAGAUGUCUCUCUUCUGCUCGAUCCUGCCGGAGGAGCUCUUGGGAUCCAAAUGGACCAAGCUUGCUGGAGUUGGUGCCCCCAACGUCAAGGCCAUGUCGGCUUUUACCACAGGUCUCUCCAACCUGGUUGCCGACACCAUCCUGCAGUACGACGAGGUCAAGAAACGGGCGUUGGUCAUCAAGCACUGGAUCAAGAUUGCCAGCCAAUGCUCCUCGCUGCAUAACUACGACGCCCUGAUGGCCAUCACCUGCGCACUCACCGACACCAGCAUCAAGCGCCUCAAGAUGACAUGGGACACUGUGAGCGUCAGGCGCAAGGAGAUGCUCAAGUCGCUACAAUCUACAGUGGACUUCAACCAGAACUACAAGGCCCUUCGCGCCCGGCUUCACGAUCGUGUCCCUCCAUGCUUGCCAUUUCUGGGCAUGUUCUUGACUGAUCUCACCUUUGUCGAUGUUGGCAAUCCUGCUACCAAGACCAGCGAUACUGGGCUGGUUGUCAUCAACUUUGACAAGCACACCCGCACGGCCAAGAGCAUCGGCGAGCUGCAGCGCUUCCAGAUCCCCUACCGCCUGACUGAGGUGGCCGACCUGCAAGAAUGGCUGUCCAGCCAGAUCGACCGAGUCCGCGAAAAGGACAAGGCGGGUGCCAACACGCAGGCUUCCCACUAUCGCAAGAGUCUUCUUCUCGAGCCGCGCGAAGUGCAACAACUCCGAACCCCCGUCGAACCACCCACUCCGGCUGUCACAGGCAGCGGCAUGUUUGCUUGGAUGCGUAGCAAUAGUGGUACUACCACCGCCACCCAAAGCUUAUCGGCGCCUCUUUAA